AUGCACAACAUGCAGCUUGCAUCCUGUGUUGCACUGACGCUCGCACUCCUCGUCAACAGUGCACCCACUUCAAGGCCGACAAAGGAAGCACAGCAGCACCUUCAGCAGUUGUUGCUGGACCUAAAGGUGCUUCUGGAAGGGAUCAAUAAUUACAAGAAUCCAGAACUCCCCAUGAUGCUCACGUUCAAAUUUUACAUGCCCAAGAAGGCCACAGAACUGAAACACCUUCAGUGUCUGGAAGAAGAACUUGGAGCUCUGCAGCGUGUGCUGGAUUUGGCGCAAAGCAAGAGCUUUCUCUUGGAAGACGCUGAGAAUUCCAUCAGCAACAUUAGAGUGGUGGCUGUGAAACUAAAGGGCUCUGAGAACACAUCCACGUGCGAAUUCCAUGAUGAGACAGUAAAUGUGGUGGAAUUUCUGAGGGGAUGGAUCACCUUCUGUCAAAGUGCCAUUGCAACAAUGGCUGAAUAA